CUAGCUAUAAUAGUAGAAUAAUGAUCACAUCUUUUGUCACAAAAAAGUUGUGCUAAUGCACAUACAUUUAUCAAAACUAAUCCCACUCAACUUUCUCUUUAUCUUUCUCUAAUAUCUCCUUCACUUUCCUAUCUUCUUCUUUGUUUCCACAGAAUCAAGCAUGAUCAACACCAUCAGAUGCUGCAUCUCCUGCAUCCUCCCCUGCGGCGCAUUCGACGUGAUUCGCAUAGUUCACACUAAUGGCUACGUUGAAGAGUUGAGUGGCACGGUCUUUGCAGACCAGAUCAUGAAACUGCAUCCUAAGCAUGUCUUGAAAAAACCAUCUUCCUCGUCUCCUUAUGAUGGUAGCAGCAAUAUUUACCCUCAAGUUGUUAUAAUUCCUCCUGAGGCGCAGCUUCAGCGCGGUAAGAUUUAUUUUCUCAUGCCUGUUGCUUCGACAUCGGUGAAAAAUAAUCGUCGCGGUUCAGCGAGAAAAAAGAUGAAAAAAGAGGCGGAGAAGGUGGAGGUGAAUGAUCAUUAUUUGGCGGAGAUAUUGUCUGAGAAAGUGGUGGCGACGCAGAAUGAUCGGAGAAGAGGGCGAGGUGGAGUUUGGAGACCACAUUUGGAGAGCAUUUCGGAGACUCCGAUAUUGUAUGAAUCUUGAUAUGCUGCUAUGUGGAACUCUUGCCUUUUUUUAUAAGUUUUUUUCUUCCGUUGAUUAGGGUUCUUCAUGAUAUAUAGUUAGAUAUUUCAUUUUUGUUGUUCUUGUAUAUAUUCAGAUUUUGUAAAAUUGUUAAGAAAAGUAUUGUUGAACAGACUA